GUGUGUGUGUGUUUGCAUUGCUAUCUGAAUGGGGACAUACGCCUGACUGCACACCAACACAGUGAGGACCUCUGACCAAGUGGGGACCAAAAAUGAGGUCCCCAUAAUUCUGCCCAUUAUAAUUAAUGCAAAAUUGCUUCCUAAGGUGUGUACCAUCAAAAUCUACCAUGACCCCAAAAUUCAUAUUUCAAUGAGUAAAAUUUGUGUGUGUGUUUUGCCGCUGGAUGCUCACAGUGUGUAAAACCCCCUACAGACACUUUGCGGUACUGCAGUGUGUUUUGGGGCUGGAUGCUCACAGUUUUUAAAACCCCCUACAGACACUUUGCAGUACUGCAGGGUUAAGCACACUUUUGGUCACAUGGCAGCAACACCGGAUGUUCCCAUUAGGUGCGUGCAUAUGGAGGAAAGAUUGAAAGCCCGAAAGGAUAAAUCACAAACUGUUAAAAAAGGUAAACAGUGUUUUAAUAAAUGUUAUGCUAGAGUAAGUAGUUAAUCGUUGUUAUUAUUAUUAUUAGCCAAUGAAGAUGACGUUUUUAUCUAUUUAAAGCUUUGUUUGAAUAAAAGUUUGUCAGGGUAUGUUGUGUUUGUUGGUUUUUAAGAAGACCCUGCUUGACUAUUUUUAUAUGCCAGCUUUAUUAUGCAUUUAAUUUUAAAACACAAAUUAUGCGUGUUUAUAUUCGGGAGUUUACAUGUAUAUGUGUACAUAUAUGUGUAUAUAUACAUAGAGAAAGAGAGAGAGAGACAUAUGUUGAAAAUGAGAAGACAACGAAUAAAUCCGGAAAGCGAGGCUAUUCGGUAUGUGAGGUCAUCUUCGGACAAAUGCGGUUUGGAAAUUAAAUGUAUCAGUUCAGAGAAAGGACGUGGAGUUUUUGCGGUGGAUGCAUUGGAAAAGGGUGACUUUGUGGCCGAGUACCGCGGUCAACUAAUAAACGGAGCUGAAAGCGAGAGGAGGAGGCGAGUGUACCAUCCUGCCGCUGCUGUCUUUCUUUUCGACUUUAAAUGGAAUAGGAAAAGCUGGUGCAUUGAUGGAGCCAAAGAUGAUGGCUCUGUUGGAAGAAUGAUAAAUGACAACCACAAAAGUCCAAACUGCAAAAUCAAGAAACUGGCAGUAGAUGGAAUGCCACACCUCUGCCUGUUUGCUUUAAGAGAUAUUCUUCCUGGUGAAGAAAUCACAUACAGCUAUGGAGAUGGACCAUGGCCUUGGAGAAAACAGGGAAAAGAAAAAGCCACUAUUGUGUCAUCACCAUUACAGACAAAUGACAAGGGCACUGGGGAAAGGGAUGUUGCCCAAAGCCAGAUCUUGGCUCAACAGCCUACACUGGCACAAGUAAAAGGCACUCUUGCUAUUGAUGAACAGAACCCUGAUGGAAGAGAGAAGACCCUCAGUCAUAGCUUAGCUGAAAAGACUUCUGAACCUCAAGAGAAAGAAGCAGUUAUUACUAAUGAGCAGACUGAAGACAACAGUGGAUCUGACACUGAACCAGUUUCUUUAGAAAAGAGAGAGCUUGACUGUACUGUGCCAAAACUUAAGCUCUGA